GAGCGUGUAGUUUGUAUUUUUUGUUGACUACACGUAGGUAACAAGAAGACAAUGAUGGAACCUUUCCUGGAGGGCAUUGAGUCAGAGGAGAUGCAAGGAUGGCAGGCAAUGUUUGGUCAACAGAUUUUAAAAUGUGUCAUGAUUUGAUUAUUAUUGUACUUCCGCAUUACUCUGAAAAUAUUUUUAAAUGGGUCGCGAUCUAGAGUCUGUAAAUUUAAUAUUUAUCAGAAAUUGUCAUUUCCAAAUGUCAAGUGAAAUUUUUAUUUAACUCUCGUUUCACCUUAAUUCGUGUAAUUCCGGGUUAUACGGAUUGGGGUGUUACACUGCUUGUACCCGCACCUGAUGGAGGACUCAAGAACGGAUUACGACUCCCUAGCCGAGAAAAAGAAGAAGAUGAUGAUGAUGAAGAGUAGAAGAAUGUCUUUGCAAAUAAAAUAUACGCUGCAAAUUUGAUGUUUUUUGUUACAUUGGUGAACUCGAGACACUGCUCAACUGACAAAGAUAGUUGGUGAGCUUUGCUGAAAUCUUGGAUACAUUUUCUGGAUUUAAUCCCUUGUAGAUGAGAUUAGUCGCGACUCUCUCAAAAAAGUUGAGGUACAUGAAAAGAACUAAACUAAGAGCAAGACGUGAAAAAAAUAUCAAAAUAGGAGUUUUAUAUAUUUUUAAUCUUAAAAUAGGAAUACAUUACCAAUAAUUUCCAUAUAUUAUACCAAAACUUAUAAUGUGAUGUCACUAUACAAUGUCAUAAUAUCACAAUAUAAAUUCUUAUAUUGACAACAAAAAUAUAAAAUUUUUAUUUCAAAAACAUGACAAAUUCUAUAGUAGAUCUAAGGUCCACCAUUAACCUAUAAAAAAAGGAAUUAAGCAAAUCCAAACUAUAAAAUUUAUUUUAAUUAAAAAUUUAAAAAUAAAAAAAAUUGUGAAAAGAUGCACAAAAAAUGGUUGGGGCCUUGGUGGCCUUGGAGGUUCCAUUUUAGCAUUCGUUUUUUCAAGCUUAAAGAGAGAAAGAGCAGAGAAACCCUAACCAAAACCCUCCAUCAGUCUCUCUUCUUCCAGUCACUUGGGGCGCGUCUGAGAUGGCCUUCUCCUCGCUCCGCCUUCGCCGAGCGAUAUCUCUCUCUCCAUCCUUACUGAAUCGUCAUCUCCACCACUCAAGCUUCAUUGCCCCGCCCCCAAACGCCCCUCCCACUCCGGCUCCAUCUCCAGUUACACGCGCGCCGUCUUCCAACUUGAACGCUCCAUUUGUUUCUCAAUCCAGGCUCUUCCGAGCAUCGGCGGCCUCGUUUUCUUCCAGGUCUCGAUUUGAUGAACCGAAUCCGAACGAUGAGGGGCUCGACCCCAAUACUAUCCUUUUUGAAGGGUGCGAUUACAAUCACUGGCUGAUCACUAUGGAUUUCCCCAGAGAUCCGCGCCCAUCUCGCGAGGAAAUGAUUGAAACUUACGUUCAAACGGCCGCUAAAAUUUUCGGAAGUGUGGAGGAGGCUAAGCAGAAGAUUUAUGCCUUAAGCACAACAACUUACGAGGGCUUUCAGGUCUUAUGUUCUGAGGAAACAUCAGAUAAGUUUAAAGAUCUGCCUGGAGUAGUCUUUGUUCUGCCUGAUUCGUAUAUUGAUCCAGUAAACAAAGAGUAUGGAGGAGACAAGUAUACCAAUGGAGUAAUCAUAGAGAGACCUCCACCUGUUCUGUAUGGGAGACAACGUCAGAAUCAGAGGGGCAAUCAAUCAUAUGAUCCUUCGAGAACUAGAACUCAUGGCCCGCCACCUCAAUCGCGCUUCCAGCAACCGCCGGGUCCUCCACCACCCCAACAGCACUACAAUACUCCACAGGGUAGUCUCCCACCUCGUCAACCGUACUAUGGCCAACCACAGCAGGGCCCUCAACAGACAUAUGGUCAGCAACACUCUCAGCAGGGUUUUGGUCAUCAACAAAGUUUUCCACCUCAACAGAAUGUUGACCCACAGCAGGGUCCUCAUCAGACAUAUGGUCAGCAACACUCUCAUCAGGGUUUUGGUCAUCAACAAAGUUCUCCACCUCAACAGAAUGUUGGCCCACAGCAGGGUCCUCAACAGACAUAUGGUCAGCAACACUCUCAGCAGGGUUUUGGUCAUCAACAAAGUUCUCUACCUCAACAGAAUGUUGGCCCACAGCAGGGUCAUGUCUCACCUCAGAGUCCACCCUCCCAGCAGGGUUAUGGUUUCCAACAGAGUCGUGGUCCUCCGGGAAAUCAAAUGGGUCCACCACCAGUGUAUAACAGCCCUGGUGGAUUUAAUAGCUUUCAAGGUGGCCCACCACACCCCCAAGGAGCCUUUGUAGGGGAGAAUAAAAACUAUGGGCACACCCACGGUGACCACUUUGUACAAGAACCAACUAGAAGCCAGUGGCAUGGAACUACUGCACCUUCCUUCAGAGGGGAGAAUAAAAACUAUGGGCACACCCAGGGUGAACGCUUUGGUCAAGAACCAAGUGGAAGCCAGGGGCAUGGAACUACUGCACCUUCCUUUGUAGGGGAGAAUAAAAACUAUGGGCUCACCCAAGGUGAACAUUUUGGACAAGAGCCAGCUAGAAGCCAGUGGCAUGGAGCUACUGCACCUUCCUAUGGGCAGAACCACCCAAGUGAGAGGAACCAAAUAUUUCCACAACCAGAACUGGGAAGAAACUGAAGAACUUUCAAGAACUAUAAUCAAUGUGGCGCGACAUGGAAGUCAUCCAGCCUGCUGAUCCGGGGAGCCUGAAAAGAAUGUUUGUUUAUUCAUUCAUAUAUAUGCUAAAAAGUCUUGAUCUCAAGAAUAAUCGGGUGGAUUGUUGUUUAUUUUGAGCUUGCUAAUGGAUGGACAUUCUCAAAUGUGGCAAGCAAGGAUUUGAAUUCGGACACCCCCUCCGUCUCAAACCGUUUGUCAUCAUGACAUAUGUCGUCGACUAUAAUUAUUGAUAUUAAAGAAAUUCAAUAUCAAUUG